GAGGGGGGGCAGCAAAUGGGAGAGGUUACCAGAGGGGAAAGGGGAGCAUGGAACUCACCUUUUCCUAGUUCUCCUUUCUUUAUUUCCUCAGGCUCGGUCCUGGCCCGCAACGUCUCCACGAGGUCAUGUCCGCCCCGAACCAGUCCCGCCUCGGACCUGGAAGAGGACGAUGAAGGGUUAAUGGACAGCAAAGGGGAGAGGAAGGGUUCAGGUCUGAAGCUGGCAAAGAAGAAAGCUCGGCGGAGACACACCGACGACCCCAGCAAGGAGUGCUUCACCCUGAAAUUCGACCUGAAUGUGAACAUUGAGACCGAGAUCGUCCCUGCCAUGAAGAAGAAGUCAUUAGGGGAAGUGUUGCUGCCCGUGUUUGAGAGAAAGGGCAUCGAGCUCGGCAAAGUCGAUAUCUACCUAGACCAGUCCAACACGCCCCUCUCCCUCCAUUUUGAGGCCUACAGGUUUGGGGGUCACUACCUGAGGGUCAAAGCCAAACCUGGAGAUGAGGUGAAGGUAGAGCUGGCGGUGAAGGAUUUCAAAUCCCUGAGCUUGCCCAUUCCCGGGCUUCCUGCCUCAGACCGCAGCGACCAGCAGGCUCGGCGGGAGAGUCUGGACAUCCUGGCCCCUGGCCGAAGGCGUAAGAACAUGACAGAGUUCCUGGGAGAUGCCAGCAUCCCCGGCCUGGAGCCCUCUGUGCCAUCCAGCAGCUCCCUGCCCAGCAACGGCAUCGACACCUGGAAGAACCGGGCAGCCAGUCGCUUCAGUGGUCUUUUCAGCUCUGGACCUAGCGGGAGCUCCUUUGUCAGGGAAGUCGACAAGAUGGAGCAAUUGGAGAGCAAACUUCACUCCUAUAGCCUCUUUGGCCUGCCCAGAUUGCCCCAGCAGCUACGCUUUGACCAUGACUCCUGGGAAGAGGAGGAGGAAGAGGAGGAUACUGACCUGGUCCUGGAAGACAGCUGGCAGGAGCUCAUAGAUGGGGCAGAGAAGUUGACCAGGCGGCAGUGUCACCAGCAGGAGGCGGUGUGGGAGCUGUUACAGACCGAGGCUUCCUAUAUCAAGAAACUUCGAGUUAUCACUGAUCUCUUCAUGUGCUGCCUUUUGAACCUGCAAGAGUCAGGUCUACUGUGUGAGGUGGAUGUUGAGCGCUUAUUCAGCAAUACCCAGGAGAUCAUUCAGCUGCACCGAGGACUGUGGAGUGGCGUGAUGGCCCCCAUGCUUGACAAAGCUCGGCGGACCCGGACCCUACUGCAGCCUGCAGACUUCCUCAAAGGCUUUCGAAUGUUCGGAUCCCUGUUCAAGCCUUACAUCCGUUACUGCAUGGAGGAGGAGGGCUGCAUGGAGUACAUGAGGAGCCUGCUGAGAGACAAUGACCUCUUCAGAAUCUAUGUGACGUGGGCAGAAAAGCACCAGCAGUGCCAGAGGCUGAAACUGAGUGACAUGCUGGUGAAACCUCAUCAGAGGCUCACGAAAUAUCCCCUGCUGCUGAAAUCCGUGCUGAAGAAGACUGAUGACCCCUCAACGAAGGAGGCCAUUGUCACCAUGAUUAGCUCAGUGGAGCGGUUCAUCAAUCACGUCAACUCCCGAAUGAGGCAGCGGCAGGAGCAGCAACGGCUGGCCGCCAUCAUCAGCCGCAUCGACUCCUACGAGGUGGUGGAGAGCAGCACCGACGAGGUGGAUAAGCUUUUGAAGGAAUUUCUGCGCUUCGAUUUGACGGCUCCUAUCCCUGGGACAUCCCCAGAUGACACUCGGCAGCUCCUUUUGGAGGGAAGCUUAAAGAUGAAGGAGGGAAAAGACAGCAAGAUGGAUGUCUAUUGCUUCCUCUUCACUGACCUGUUGUUGGUGACCAAACCCGUGAAGAAAGCAGAGAGGACCAAAGUCAUUCGCCAGCCCCUGAUGGUAGACAAGAUUGUGUGUCGGGAACUCCGAGACCCAGGCUCCUUCCUCCUCAUCUAUCUGAAUGAGUUCCGAAGCGCUGUGGGUGCCUUCACCUUCCAGGCCAGCGGUCAGGCUCUGUGCCGAGGCUGGGUAGAAGCCAUUUAUAAUGCUCAGAACCUGCUGCAGAAGAUGAGGCUACAAGAGCACCAAAGCAGCCAGCAGCAGCAUCUGCAGAGCUUGGAGGAGGAAGAGGAUGAGGAAGAGGAGGAGGAAGGAGAGAGCAGCACCUCAGGAGCCAGCUCCCCCACCAUCCUUCGCAAAAGCAGCAACAGCUUGGAUUCCCAAUGCUGCCCCUCUGAUGGCUCCACAGAGACUCUCUCAGUUGUGGUGGUGGAGCCGGGGGAAACGCCGUCAUCGUCCGACUUUGAGGGAGGCCCCUUCAGCUCGAGGUCCGACGAGACCUCCAUCGGCACAACGGCUUCCCCCACGACCCCGACCAGUGAGCUGCUGGGCCCCGAGCCCGACGGACUGCUUCCCUCGGCGGCGGCCGAGUGCCGUUCCUGCUCCAUCGAUUCCGCCCCACCCCUCUCCCCUCCCCGGGACCCGGGUGGCCCCGCUCCCCCCCAGGCCUCCCCCCGACCCCCCGCCUCCCGCCCAGGGGCCCCCCCCCAGAUCCCCGCCAUGCGCCUCCGCGAUUAUCAAACCGCGGAGGCCGCUUGCAGUGGGGGGCUUCUGGCUGGGAGCCCCUCCCAGCCCCUAGCCGGAGCCUGUCUGAGCUUUGCUUAA